AUGGCCAAGAUCAAGUCGAUUGAGUAUUUCCGGGUGAAGCCCCGUUGGUUGUUCGUCAAGGUUACCGAUGACGAGGGACAGGUUGGUUGGGGUGAGGGCACCCUUGAGGGUCACUCCCUAGCUGUUGAGGGAGCCUUAGAUGAGAUUAUUAUUCGCAUUGUCGGAUAUGAGGCGGAUGACAUCGAACAUAUCUGGCAAACAAUAUGGCGACUAGGGUUCUACCGUGGAGGACCCGUUUUCAUGUCCGCCAUGUCGGGUAUUGACAUUGCACUGUGGGAUCUUAAAGGUAAACGAUUGGGUGUCCCUGUCUACCAACUGCUGGGCGGAAAGGUGCGCAACAAGGUGCAGGUGUACGCCUGGAUCGGAGGAGACCGACCGAGUGAUGUGGAAGCUGCAGCUAAGGCACGAAUUGCUCAAGGUCUCAAAUGUAUCAAGAUGAACGCCACCGAAGACGUCAACUGGCUUGACUCGCCCGCCGCCCUCAACUCCUGCGUCGAGCGUCUCAAACAGGUCAAAGCACUUGGCCUUGAUGCUGGUUUGGACUUUCACGGCCGUCUCCAUAAACCAAUGGCCAAGCAGCUCGCAAAGGCACUCGAGCCGUACCAGCCUCUCUUUAUCGAGGAACCAUUGCUGUGUGAGCACCCCGAGGCACUCAAGCAGCUUUCCAACUCCACCACAAUCCCUAUUGCCUUUGGAGAGCGUUUAUACACCAGGUGGGAUGUGAAGAGAUUCCUCGAGGAUUCCUCUGUCGAUGUACUGCAGCCCGAUAUUGCUCACGCUGGCGGCAUCUCGGAGACAAGACGUAUCGCGAGCUUGGCCGAGACCUACGACGUGGCUAUUGCUCCUCAUUGCCCUCUAGGUCCUAUCGCUUUUGCUGCAUCAUUACAAAUUGCUGUUUCCACGCCCAAUUUUGUCAUCCAAGAAAUGUCCUUAGGUAUGCACUAUAACGUUGAGGCUGGUGAUAUCGACUUGAUUAGCUAUGUGGUCGACAAAAAUGUCUUUGAUAUCACAGAGGGAUAUGUGGCGGCGCCGUCGAAGCCGGGUAUCGGAAUUGAUAUUGACGAGGAGAUGGUUCGGCGGAUCAGCAAGGAGACUGAGCCCUGGCAACCUAAAGAGUUCCAUGGACCUGAUGGAUCGAUCCGUCGAACAGCCCUUGUGACUGGAGGCACUCGCGGCAUUGGCCAGGCCAUGGCCAUUGCUCUGGCUGAGGCUGGUGCAGACAUUGUCUUAAUUCAGAGAGACACCAGUAACCCCGCUACCAAAGAACAAAUCGAGAAACUGGGCCGAAAGGCAACAAUCUACACAGCGGAUCUCGCAUCGCAAGCUUCCGUUUCAACUCUGGUCGCUACCGUAGUUAACAAUGGCCAUGAUAUCGACAUUCUACUCAACUGCGCCGGUAUCCAGCGACGACACCCAAGUCAUCUCUUCCCCCAGGAGGAUUGGGACGAGGUUCUCCAAGUCAACUUGACCACCGUGUUCACUCUUUGUCGGGACGUCGGCGCGUACAUGCUCGGUCGCACUCCAAACCGCUCCGGUCAACGUGGGAGUAUCAUUAACGUCGCCUCUCUUGUAUCUUUCCAGGGUGGUCUUACGGUACCUGCUUAUGCGGCAGCGAAGGGUGGCGUGGCACAACUCACGAAGGCAUUGUCGAACGAGUGGUCUUCGAAGGGAAUUAAUGUCAACGCUAUUGCCCCGGGAUAUGUCGCGACGGAUAUGAAUACUGCACUCAUCCAGGAUAAGGAACGUGCUGCAAGUAUCUUGGCGCGUAUUCCUGCUGGCCGAUGGGGUGAUCCUGAUGAUUUCAAGGGAUCCGUCGUUUAUCUCGCUAGUCGGGCAAGCGCAUACGUGACUGGGGAAGUUUUGACGGUGGAUGGAGGCUGGAUGGGUCGGUAG